UAAACGAGCUCUAUUUCCCUCUAGUAUUUUUGGCGGCAAACCCUCGGCCGCGACGAAGCAGACCCUCUACUCUAGUCUCUAUCUUGUCACAAAAUCGAUGCCCUAAUCCCUUGACUCUACAACAUUCAAUUCUUCGCACGAACCAAUUUGUGUCGUGGAUUUCUGGGGUUUAUCACUUUGAUCCGCAAAUGUUCAAUUUCUCUUAGUACGGUUUAAAUGGAAGAAACAAUUAAUGUAAGUUCUUCGAUUAUUAGGCCUAUAAACAAAGGUGUUGUGCAUAGAAUAUGCGCUGGUCAAGUGAUUUUGGACCUUUCAUCGGCUGUGAAGGAGCUGGUUGAAAACAGUUUGGACGCUGGCGCCACUAGCAUUGAAAUCUCUUUGAAAGAGUACGGUGAAGAGUGGUUCCAGGUCAUCGACAAUGGAUGUGGCAUUUCCCCGAACAAUUUCAAGGUUCUUGCGCUCAAGCAUCAUACUUCUAAAUUGGCAGAUUUUCCUGAUCUUCAAUCUUUGACAACAUUUGGUUUUAGAGGGGAGGCAUUGAGCUCACUUUGUGCAUUAGGAGACCUGACUGUUGAAACACGAACUAAGAAUGAGGCGGUAGCAACACACUUGACUUAUGAUCGCUCAGGUUUACUAACUGCUGAAAGGAAAGCAGCUCGUCAAAUUGGCACUACUGUCACUGUUAAGAAGUUGUUCUCCAAUUUACCUGUGCGAAGCAAAGAAUUUAGCCGCAACAUUCGCAAGGAGUAUGGGAAGCUUACUUCUUUAUUAAAUGCCUACGCGCUUAUUGCAAAAGGUGUUCGGUUAGUUUGCACCAAUACAACUGGUAAGAAUGCAAAGUCGGUUGUGCUUAAAACACAAGGAAGUGACUCGCUUAAAGAUAACAUCAUAACAGUAUUUGGCAUGAGCACCUUCAGCUGCUUACAGCCUGUUAACAUAUGCAUAUCAGACAGUUGCAAGGUUGAUGGCUUCCUUUCUAAGCCUGGACAAGGUAGCGGCCGCAAUUUAGGAGAUAGACAAUACUAUUUUGUAAAUAGUCGACCAGUGGAUAUGCCUAAAGUCAGCAAGCUUGUGAAUGAAUUAUACAGAGGAGCAAACUCUAGGCAAUAUCCCAUAGCAAUCAUGAAUUUCACAGUUCCAACCAAAGCCUGCGAUGUGAAUGUAACUCCGGAUAAAAGAAAAAUAUUCUUUUCUGAUGAGAACUCCAUAUUGCUUGCUCUAAGGGAGGGUUUACAGCAGAUUUAUUCCCCAAGUAAUGCCACUUAUUUGGUCAACAAAUAUGAGGAGCAUAUGAAGAAGACCAGUGGCUCUCAGUCUCCUCAUGAGAAGUCUAAUGUGUUGCCAAAAAAGAUAUCUGUAGUUCGCAAUGACUGUGAAGAAAUUCACAUGAAAAAGCAUACAGCAGAAGGCAGUAAUCCGCAACAAACAGUUGAAAUCAAAUCUGAUACCUCGGAUGUUGGAGAAAAUAAUGAUGAAAAGUACACAGCGAAGGACUUCAGUCUGAGAAUACAUGACAUUCAAAAGGCCUAUAGUUUUUUGAAGACUAAAAAUGGGCAACCAACAACUUGCCAUGAUAGUCUAACCAAUCAAGAUGUUACUUCCCCUUCAAGUGCGGCUGGAAAAGAUAUUUCUGAAAAUAGAGAUUCUAAUAGUUCUCUACGUUCUGUUCAGUCAACAAUUAAAAAGUUCGUAACUGUAAGUAAGAGAAAACAUGAAGAUGAUAGAACAGCACUAUCUGAAAUUCCCAUCCUAAGAAAGGAAACUCUUCGAAAUCCACUUAAGAAAGGCAACUCUGAGCCUAAUGCUGCAAUUACAAGUUCUCCAUUUAAUCAUCAGCUCGCUGAUAAUUCUGCUAAGGUGAGUGAAGCUGAGCCGUCCAAGUUUCAUAGAGCAGACAUGAGCUUCAACAGAAUCAGAAGUUAUCUUUCAUAUAGAGGGAAUGACAAUGAUGAAAAACAUGGGGAGGAACCGAUGGCUGAAGAAAAAGCUACUUAUGUGGCUGAUGUUGUAUCAAUUGCUUCUCAUGAAGGUCUUGAGAAAAUAUCUGAAGAUCUUAUGGAUCCUGCAGGUGAAGAAAAAGCCUCACCUAUUGUUAGUGUUGCAUCUCUCACUUCUCCAAGGAGGGGCCUUGACAAUAUGUCUGAGGAUCUGAUUGCCACUUCUCUAUUACAAUCUCCUGGUUCAGCUUUAGAUGUUCCAAAGCCUUCUGCCCAAAAGAUAUGCUCCACCUUGCAAUUUAGUUUUCAGGAACUGGCAGAAAAAAGGAAGCAGAGGCUGUCAAGAUUACAAUUCAGCAGUUAUGCAUCUGGAGGCAUGAAGAUGAAAAGCCAUAGGAGUUAUGCUGCUGCAACACUAGAGCUCUCUCAACCAGAUAAUGAGGAGCGAAAGGCAAGGGUUUUAGCUGCAGCUACUACAGAGUUAGAAAGACUUUUCAGAAAACAGGACUUUGGAAGAAUGAAGGUGAUUGGCCAAUUUAAUCUUGGAUUCAUUAUUGGGAAGUUGGACCAAGAUUUAUUUAUUGUGGAUCAGCAUGCUGCUGAUGAGAAAUACAAUUUUGAGCGGCUAUGCCAAUCGACAAUCUUGAACCAGCAGCCUUUGUUGCGGCCAUUGUGGUUGGAUUUAUCUCCAGAGGAGGAAAUAGUUGUUUCAAUGAACAUGGAUAUAAUCAGGAAAAAUGGAUUUGCUUUGGAAGAGGAUCUUCAUGCACCACCUGGGCAGCGAUUUAAGCUAAAAGCUGUCCCUUUUAGUAAGAAUAUAACUUUUGGAGUUGAAGAUGUCAAGGACUUGAUCUCUACGCUAGCCGAUAGUCAAGGGGACUGCUCAAUAAUUGGUAGUUACAAAAUGGACACACAUGAUUCUGUCUGCCCAUCAAGAGUUCGUGCAAUGCUGGCAUCACGGGCAUGCAGGUCAUCUAUUAUGAUUGGAGAUCCUCUAGGAAGGAAUGAGAUGCAAAAGAUACUGGAGCAUUUGGCAGAUCUAAAAUCACCAUGGAACUGUCCCCAUGGAAGGCCAACGAUGCGCCAUUUGUUAGACUUAACAUCCAUUUACAAAAGAUCAGAAGAAAAUGAUGGAACAUUGUGAUGGACCCUUUAAAUGACAGUUGCUAACCAGAACUUUUCUUAAUUUAUUGUACAUACACCUAGUAAAUCAUGCAGCAAUUUUAUGAUAGAUUACAGGCAUAGAAACCCUGAAUUCCUCUGUGAUCAAUCAAAUUAUUUUUUUGGCGUAAUUAAACUGUAAACGCUUGUACAAAAAAGCAAUUUCAUGAAAUCGCGCUUCGGGCUUUUUGAAA